AUGCGGGCAAUGUGACUGACACACGGCAUGACCAAUCAUGAUAGUAGUUACUUCUUUAGUGUUAUGAGAGUUAUUUGAUUGGUGUCACAAAUGUUAUUUCGUCGCUGUUACAAGAGCUACCUAAUUAGUGUUAAAGAGGUUACCCAUUUAGUAUUAGGGUUUCUUAGUGUUACUUGGGGUAUCCGGUAUUCGUGUUACUCCGUAAUAUACAAGCGGCUACAGUCUACAGAUACACGAUUUAGCCAACCACACACAAGACUUUGGAAUUAAAAAAAAAAAAAAAAAUCCGUUAAAUGAGUGUAGUAUUCUCAUCCACUUACUUUCCCUCUCGGCCUCUCUCUCACCAGUCAUCCCCUACCGCUGCCACUGCCACCGCCGGCGCCACCAUUAACUCCGCCACAUCACUACAAACUUGUACACACGCUAUUUUCUCAUUCAAGAUUUAAAAAAAAAAAAAAAUAAAGGAAAAUGAGAGCAGGGGUAGUAGGUAUUGUUCAUGGAGGUCCCACUUUGACUUCUAGGUUGCGCUCUUUCCCACCUCGUCCUCUUCAUGUUCGGUGCUUUUCUUCUUCCGGCCAUAUAUCAUUUAUAAAGGAUGUUGCUUGCACUCAACCCCCUGAGCAUCUUCAUGAGCUGCUAAAUGUGCUACAAACAAAGGGUGAAACUAUUGUUUCUCCAGGAGCUAGGCAGGGUUUGAUUCCCCUUGUUAUUCCACUAUCAGAAAAUUCAUCAGGUACUGUAACUGCCUUGCUGCGUUGGCCAACAGCUCCACCAGGGAUGGAGAUGCCAGUUGUGGAAGUACACAAACAUGGAGUUUGGCUUUUGGCAAAGAAUGUAAAUCAAUAUAUUCACAGAAUACUUGUUGAGGAAGAUGCAUUGAACAGGGAAGGUGGUGAUGAUGUGCUUUUUGCGGCUUCUCUUGAGGCUGGAAAAAAGCUUUAUAAUAAGGGUGAUAUUGCUGAGUCGCAGACUCCUAAUCUUGAUGUCUAUCUUCUUAAAAAGGUCGGGUUGUUUCCAGAUGUUUUAGAGAGAAAAGUGAUGCGACAUUUCGAUGAUGGUGAUCAUGUUUCAGCAUUGGUGACUGGAGAAUUCUAUACGAAGAAAGACCUUUUCCCAGGGUUUGCACGGCCUUAUGUUUUCAAUUCAAAGAUCUUGUUGAAGGUUGGGCGUGUUUCAGAAGCUAAAGAUGCUGCAAGGGUGGCACUGAAAUCACCAUGGUGGACUUUAGGUUGUCCAUACCUGGAAGUUGCUGAUAUGGCACAUUGGGAAGAUGAACAAAUAGAAUACAUCAAGGAGAAGGUGACAGAAGAGGGUAGGCAGGAAGAUUUGAAGAAAGGAAAAGAACCAAUCCAGGUGGCAUUGGAUGAAGCCGCUUUUUUGUUGGACUUGGCUUCCAUUGAAGGAUCUUGGGAUGAAAGUCUUGAGCGAGUUGCUGAAUGCUACAAGGAAGCUGGACUAGAUGAAAUUGCUAGAUUUGUUAUGUACAGAGACUGAUUAUAAAACGAGCAGGAAAAUGGGAAAUCUCACCGACAAGCAAGAAAUCAAAGGAGAAGUAAUAAUGUUGUGGGGAGAAAGGGGCCAAUGAAGAAGGUGAGUGGAGAAAAGCACGCAUGGGUCCGUUGAAAAAGCAGAGAAAUAACCGGUGAUUAAGGAAACAGACAGUGGAAUGACUGUGUUUUUUACUUUUUUGACUACAUUAUUACAUUGGAUUCUACUGUAUGUUGUGCUACUGUUGUACUAUCUUUCUGCUACUGUCUGCUAAAGAGUUGAACAUGUUACACCUUUAGAAGGUACAAGGUAUAUAUGGUGAUUAACUGA